AUGGACUUUCUCAGCAAGGUCGCCGGCGAGGCCCUCAAGCCCCAGCAGUCUGCCCAGCAGCAAGAGCAGCAGCAACUUCAGCAGACUCAGACCAGCGGUGGCCUCCUCGGCUCCAUUGUGUCUGCUGCCACUCAGUCUACCCAGCCUGUUACCACCAACACCCAGCAGCAGCCACAACAGACCCAGACCAGCGGUGCCUCUGGUCUGCUCGGCUCACUCGUCUCCAGCGCCACCCAAUCCACUCAGACCACCCAGCAACAGCCCCAGCAGCCACAAUCCGGUGCCGAUGCCCUCCUCAACAAGCUCCACGGCGUUGUAGGCGGCGGUCCCGAGUCCGAGAAGAAGGAGGAUGCUCUUGACAAGGCUAUCGACCUCGUCCAGGAGCACGUCUUCAAGGCCGGUCCUCAGACCAACGAGUCCGCCGCCGAGCAGGCCAAGGACAAGUUCAUCGCCGACACCAUCCGUGACGGCUACGAGAAGGCCACCGGCAAGGACUUCCCCAUUGCCGCCAAGAAGGAGGAAGAGAACAAGAUCACCGCUGGUCUCGGCGGCCUGGCUGGCAAGCUCUUCAAGUAA